GUAAAAUUAUCAGUCGUGAUAAAGAAACAAUAGUGAAUUGAGUAAGGACAAAAUGCGUGCAUCAGUAGUUGCUGCGGUUUUCGCAGCCUUGAUAGUCCUGACGUGGUCUCACCCAACAGCCCUUCAGGACCAAGAAGGCAAUGUUGAAUCGCUUUUGGCAGUUCAUGAAGUUCAGGGCCAUGAGGACGAAUCUGCACGGGAAGUUCGACAAUUCGGCCAUCAUCGAGGAUUCGGCGGUGGAUUCGGUCGUGGUGGUGGAUUUGGACGUGGUGGUGGAUUUGGCCGAGGUGGUGGAUUUGGACGUGGAGGUGGAUUCGGUGGAGGAGGCGGGUUCGGAGGCGGUGGUGGAUUGGGAGGAGGUGGCGGAUUCGGCGGCGGUGGUGGAUUUGGAGGAGGUGGAGGUUUCGGCGGUGGCGGUGGUUUCGGAGGAGGUGGUGGAUUUGGAGGAGGAGGUGGCUUCGGUGGAGGAGGCGGAUUUGGAGGUGGUUUUGGCCGAUGAAAAGUUAUUAAGUGUUCUUGAAAUUAGCUGUUAAUAAAAGCAUCUGUGUAGUGUGUUUGUUUGACAAUGUGAUUUAUGUUUUUUUAAACUUUUUGAUUUCUAGAUUUUGGAAAUAAAAGAUUGUUUUUCUUCUAAUUUAAA